AUGGGGCGUUAUAAUGUUGUAGUUGAGGAUGACGAGGAUGUUGUUUGGGAGGAAGAUGAGAUGGGUAAGGUGACUCAUAUUCUCUUGGAUCUGUCCCUUGUUCUUUGUCAGUUCCUUCUGAGUCUCAUGGACAGUCUCUUGCUUCGUCUGCUUUCAAAACAAAGCAAAGCUCUUCUCUUAGACUAUCUUGGGAUUGACACAGAACUUCCCUCUCUAGAACCAUCUGGGUUACACUCUGCUUACCAGAAGUUCAAGGCCAUCACAAAUGCUACCCCUAAGGUGAUGGCCUUUGAGAAGACCGUGACACGCAGGAGUACAUGCUUGGUGCUUUGA